GUCAAUCGUUCGCCAUGCCGCUCCCCGCAGACAUCGACCAACUUCACCCUGAGACUCAGGCCCUGCUUCGAGCGGCCGCAGAAAAAGGGGGGAAGGGGUAUGAAGAAGGUGAAACCAUGGAAGAGUCACGAGCGAUCGUGGAUGCCAUGUGCGAGGAUUCCAACAAGGAGGCAAACUACCAGUUUAAAGGAGAAAAGCAGAUAUGCACGGUUCCUUCUCCUCAUUGCCAAGAUGGAAUCACUGUGUGGGUAUAUAGACCAAAACCGUGUCCCCCAAGUCCCACCAUACUGGUAUAUUUCCAUGGAGGGGGAUUUGUGGUUGGCGACCUAAGAAGCCACGAUACCGUGGUGAAGACUUUAGUCGACACAACGGGGUGCAUAGUUGUCAACGUGAACUACCGUCUGGCUCCUGAGCACAAGUUUCCUGCAGGAAUUGAUGACUCUGUAACAGCGGUCAAGUGGGUUAUGGCCAACAAGGAGAAGCUCGGCGGCAGUGGAACCAGUAAAGUUGGCGUCAUAGGUGACAGUGCCGGAGGACAUCUAGCGGCGACCAUAGCUCAUGAGGUGCCAGGGGUGGCACUACAGAUUUUGAUCGUCCCGGUCACUGAUUGGCGGAUGCAAACAGACUCAUACAAGCGUUACAGUGAGGGAUACUUCAUGUCGGCUAAACAAAUGGAGUGGUUUGCUUCAAAGUUUUUUACUUCUGAUGCUGAACGGACUGACCCCAGGGCCUCCCCGUUAUUGAGGUCUGAGUUCCAGAAUCUACCCCCUGCUCUAUACAUUGCCGCCAGUCACGACGUCUUGGUGGACGAAGGGAAAGCAUACGCAGAAAAAAUGAAGGCAGCUGGUGUACAUACGGAGACACUAAUGCUGGAAGGAGUGGUGCAUGGAUAUAUUAUAUUCCCACAUGUCUGCAAAGAAGCAUUUGAUGCUACUUUGAAGAAAAUUGACGACUUCGUUAAUACAUAUGGACGUUAA